CGGAGCUCCGGCGCCGAGUUUCCUUCCUUCUCCCUGCUCCGCCCCGCACCUGCUCUGCCGCCCACUGCCGGCCAAUCCGCGCUGCCCUCCGCGCGGCUUCGGCGAAGGAAGGAAACUGCCGCGGCCCCAGAUUGCCGCAAGAAUGUUUUUACUUUCGCUUCUCCGCUCCUCGCCCCGGGGCCUCGGUGUGCUCGCGGAUCCGGAUCGGGGACAGGAGGAGGGACAUUUAUCUCAACGGAGACAGGUGGCACCACAUUUGCUGCAGGAUGGGAAACACAAACACUAAACCGUCAGCUUCACCCCCACUCCCCGCAAAGAAGCCCUCAGGAGGCAUGAUCUAUGCCCUGCAUCAAGACAUCAUAUGCUCCAUCUGCCUGGAACCCUUUGAGGACCCAGUCUCCAUCGACUGUGGGCACAAUUUCUGCAAGGUCUGCCUGUCUGCCCACUGGAGCGGGUUCUCACCCCAUGGAUAUCGCUGCCCUGAAUGCCGCCAUCCCUGCAGCCCUGAGAGGAUGAAACCAGAUACUCGAUUGCGAAACCUGGUGGAAAAAAUCGGACAGAUGCCUCUGCAGGAGAUGGAAAGGGAGCUGGAGGUGAUAACAGCUACAGGGCAGUCAACAGGACAGGCGGUGCAGUUGGUGGGCUUGGAUGACGAAGGGAAUCUCUCCCUGGAUGAGGAGGCCCUGAGCAGCUGCCUGGAGCAGGAGCUGGUGAAGGAUGCUCCCAUCUGCCUGAUCUCCAUCUUGGGGGAGCAACGCCGUGGCAAAUCCUUCCUGCAGAACUUCCUACUGCGGAGGCUUCAAAACUUGGGAGCUGAGGAGGAGUCAUGUUUGGGCCAGGAAGAUGAACCACUGACAGGAUUUGAGUGGCAACCUGGUCCUAAUAGCACCACCAAAGGGGUGUGGUUGUGGAGUCAGCCAUUUUGGAUCACCAGUGAACAGGGAAAGGUAGCCGUGUUUUUGAUAGACACAGAAGGUUCUCUGGAUCUGGAGAGAAGCAAGGAAGCUAGCACCAAGCUCUCCACUUUCUCUAUGCUACUCAGCUCCUAUCAGAUACUCAAUUUGUCUACCAUGGUGAAGGAAACAGAUUUGGAAUACUUGGAAAUGUUUGUCUACGUAGCUGAGGCGGUGGGACGUGGCUGCGGCUUAAAGCCCAUUCAGCAACUUGAUCUCUUAGUGCGUGACUGGUCGUUCCCACCAAUUUUUGGACUAAAGGGAGGCCAGGCAUACCUCCAAAAGGUCAUACAGAAGCUGGAGUCUGAUACUUGCAAGCACCCACGAGCGCUGGAGACACUCAAAAGCAGCAGCACUCACUGUUACCUGAUGCCCUUCCCUGGCAAGAAGCUGGUGAUGGGAACUGAGGGCACCCUAGCAGACAUGGAUGAUGAUUUUCGGGAAACUUUGAAGGAUUAUGUAAGUGGUUUAGCCAAAUCAGCUGGUACCUAUUUAAAGAGAGACCAGACGGGGGCUGCUCUUACUGGAGCCCAAUUUGCAGCCAAGAUAAAGCAUUUAUCAGCUCUCAUGAAGCAACAUCCACUUCACUUUACUUCACCUGUGAAGAUGGACAUCAUCUUUAAAAACCUGAAUACUGUUGGGACCCUGCAGAGCAAAUUUACAGAGUUCAUUAAGGAGCAGGAUCAGCUCUCACGCCCCCUAUUUGCAGGCCUAAAAGUCCUACCAAGCACCAUGGCAGAGCGUCUCAAAGAAAAGCAACAGGAGCUGGUCAAAGAGUGCGAGGCAACAUUAGAGGGAGAAGAGGAAGACCGGACAAAUUCCAGAUUGUCAUUAGAGUCCAACAUGCAGAGGGAAGCUAGGGAUUUCCUGGAACGUUAUGGGCGUCGUUACAAAUCCCAUGCCCUUACAGCAGGGGUAGCUUUUGGAGUGGGUGCCGUGGGGUUGACAGGUGGGGUAAUUGGGGCUGGUGUGGCAGGCGCUAUCUUGGCUGCAGAAGCUCUUGUGCUGAGCACAGGAACGGCUGCCACAGUUGCCAUUGGGGCCUUGGCUGGGACGGGCACUUUUGCAUUAGUUGGAGGAGGAGUAGGGGCAGGUGUAGGGAGCAGAAUAGGGGAGCGUAGGGCACAGGAGGCCCAUAGAAUGUCUGAAAGAGAUGUGGAGGUUGAAGAGGUUGAGGAGGAAAUGUCAGACCAAAUGUUUCUUAUUGGUCAACAGGACACACCUUAGUGUUGGCAACAAAGCUGUCCUGAGGCCUACCCUUUCAUCUGCAGCCAAGUGGUAGAUUAUACCAUCAUCUGCAUUCCCUUCUGUUGUCAGGGAGAUAUGGAUCCUAGGGGUGAGGGGGGGAUAAAUGUUGUAAUCGAUCCUCUGUCCCAUUAACUGUGAAAAAUUUAUCUCCCCCUAAUAGUUAUGGAAUAACAAUCUGAGGUGCAUUCCUGUAUUCAUCGCCAUGGAGAUAUGACCUCAUUAGUGAUGGCUGAAAACAUAGCAGUGUGACCUUCUGUGUUCUCUCUGACAGUAUGUGAGGGAAUAGCGUUCCCCCAAUUUCCCUUUAUCCCUCUUCAAGAAGGGAACAGGGAACCGCAAACCUAUUGGAGAUCAGCAGGCUUUUGUCAGGCUAACAAGCCACUUUUCCUCUCUCGCACCUACCCUGAGGAAACGAACAAAGUGGAGAGGGUGGGGAACUAGGUCUGUCUCUUUUCCGUUAGCUCCGCUUUAGGAAUAGCUUGAGCUGGGGAGCAACCGGGUGACAUUUUUAUCACUGUGCUGGGCAUUCUGAGAUGAACUUGCCAGCACAGAGCAAUGUAUUAUCCAGCUCUCUCAAAAAAGUGCUUUGCAAUAGCCAGUUUCUCCCUUCAUCCUCUGCCGAAAAGAGUUGUCAGAUGGCAUUUGCCAUGGGAUAGAGCUAAGGGGUUUUUUUAAAUGAAAUUCAGCUGUACCUCCUCCCCCUCUUGCUGUGAUUUUAGGACUUGGUGUUAACUUGCAGCACCCUCAUACUCUGUCUCUGUGGUGCACAUUGUGUGGAUAAUUGAUUAACAGAUUUUCCUUGUCUCUGGCGCUGCAGCAAGGGCUUAGGAGAAAUUUGUGUUGCCUCAGAGGAAUGAAGCCCCAUCCUCAGGAAAGACUUUCCUCACAGUAGCCUAUUUUGAUGUGUCCAGAGGCACAGAGUAGGGCGCAAUGUCUUCUGAGAUACUCAACUGAGUUACUGUCAGAGACAUUUCUCAAUUUGAUCCUAAGUGCCUUGAUUUUUAUGGCUGCCGAAAGCUUGUUCCUGCUCACCUAGCCUCUCUUGGUUCAUCUUUUGGGAAAUACAUUUAUUUAUUUCA